UACCCAAUUGCUUCGCUGCUCAUUUUAAUAUAUAAUCGAUUUUUUUUUGCAUUUUUUUUUGCAUUUUUUUCAUGCUGCAGUUGGGCGCAAAUCGAGGUGGAAACUCAACGUACCUACCCGGACUGGGUACAGGCUUUCGGUGCUGGCAUACUUGAGGGCUCAUUGACCUGGAAUAAUAUCUACAAUCAAUGGAAAAACACCAUCGAAUCUUCCUGUGAGCGUGAUGAGAGUUCGCAAAACUUCUGUACCUGGCUGCGUGAUCUGCUUGACGAGAAUUACAUUCGCAUCAAAGAGACAGCGGUACAGCGUGGCGAGCACGAUCACUAUUGGCAUCAGAUCAGCCUCUAUUUUAGUCAAUUGGAGGGUCUGGAAACGGGCUAUAUACGCGGCGCGUCUCGUGCACGUUCAGAUCUCGAAGAGGAAAUACCUUUUUCCGAUUUUCUUCUCCUAAAUGCCGCCGCUGACAUUCAGGAUCUUAAAAUCUACUAUGAGAACUUUGUAUGGAAGGAGGGGAAUGAAACAGCCGAUGUGGGCACACAGGAACAAGGCACAGCUGUGACUGCGACUUCGGAAGCGGAAACAGCACCAAAGAACUUCUUUCUGCCAAGCGCCACAAUGCUGACAAAGAUCUUUCAAACUGCCGAUUCGCCAACAUGGAGAUUGCUUUUUGGUCACAGCACUGCCGGCAGUUAUGCCUCAAUGUUGCGCAUACAAAAGCGUUACAAAUUCCACUAUCACUUCUCGCCGAAUCAACGCUCGAAUACAGUGCCUGGCGUCGAUAUAACAUUUACCGGCUAUCCAGGCAUACUCGGCUCUACAGAUGAUUUCUACAUCGUAAAGGGUCGCCAGGUGCAGUCCAUUGUGGGCGGCGUGGGUAUAAAGAACGAGAAUCUGGAUUUGUGGAAGACAGUUAACGUUACGCAGGCGUUGCCGCUGGCAGCACGUGUCAUGGCAGCAAAUCGUAUAGCGCAGAAUCGUCGCACAUGGGCAAAGGCAAUGUCGCGUCACCCAUUCACCGGUUGUAAACAGUGGAUAACGGUCGACUUGAACAAAUUGCGUCCACAAGACAACCUAUAUGUGUCGCUGGCUGAGGAUGAGAAGCACGAUGAUGCUGCAUUGCCGUUGAAUGCUGCGGAUGAGGCAGCCAUUAAUGAGCGUCAUAACCGCAACAAGGGAUUGGUGUGGAUUGUGGAACAACUGCCGGGUCGCAUGCAUCUCAAGGAUGUUUCGGAAAAAUUCCUAUCGGGCGAAAACUCGACAUGGAUUGCGAAUGGUGUGCCGUACUUCGAUGAGAUGCUGCAGGCCAGUGGCGUAGCGCCCGAUAGUGCCUACCUUGAAAUGAAAGCUGCGUUCGACGAUGAACUAACCAAUCUCGAAGCGGUCGAUCAGUUUAUGCGCAAUCAUGGCUUCCGAGGCGAUUUGAUGGGCGAGGAGUCGGUUGCUUACGGCAAUAUUGAUAUCAAAUUGUUCUCCUACAAUGCGCAAAUAGGCAUUAGCGACUAUCAUGCUUUCGCCGGACCCAUAUUCAUUCGGCUGCAACAUGUGCAACCGCGGGAAGCGAUUGAGAGUGAGAGUACCGUGAGCGAGUCAACGGAUAUCGCAUCCAAUUUGAAGGAUGAACGCUUGAGUGUGAGCAUUGAUGAUGCGGCGCAACUUGCCGAACUGGAGCGUAUUACCGAGCGGCGAUCUGUACGCAACGAUAUGCAAGCGAUUGCAAUGCGGCAGGUAUCUAGUGGCCCGUUCAAGUGGUCUGAAAUUGCGGAUCGCAUAACGGACAUUGAACAUAAAGGACAUCCGGAUGAAUUCAAUUUCGGCAAAGUAGCUCCCCAUUGGGCGUGGUAAAGAGAGGCGUGGCGGUGUGGUGGUUGUCUUAACAACCUCGCGGCCAUUUAAAUAUAUAGUAAAUAUUUUAAUUUAAUUUCACAAACAUUUGUACAUAUAUUACAUAAUAAUUUGUCGAGUGGAUUUUUGAGCUAUACACAUACAUACCUACAGAAGUAUGAAUUUUUGCAUGCAACUCCAAAAUUAGAAAACACAUAAAUUUUUUGUUAGUAAAUUUUAUGAUUUGUAAAUAAUUCGUAUCAAUUGCGUGUAGAAAAAGUUGUGAUUUUAAGUCGAUUGUGCAAAAAUGUUGCUAUUUUGUAUUAGAUAAAAGUGAAUUGUAGAAAUUUUAUAAACUUUAUACGUCCAUAGCUUUAAAAAACUACAAAAAUUUUAUAAAGAAAUUACAUACAUAUGAACACUAGUCUUCCAUAGUUUUAUCUCCAUUUUUGGACUACUGUGUGAACAUACAUACAUACAUACAUAUAUACAUAUAUAAGUAAAAGAUAUGUGUACCGUGCUGGUUUGAGAUUUCUAACUUUUAUACAGAGCAAUUGUGAGAAUAAAAAAUAUUAAAAAACAGAAAACUUGA